AUGGAGCCGGCCUUCCGGAAGAUCCUGUCAGCCGCGGAGGAAGGCUCUUCUGCUGGUAAGAGACUGGCAGCCCGGCUGAUUCCCCGAUUUGUCAAGGACUACCCUCGACUCACAGUUGAUGCAGCAACAAGCCUGGUGAACCUCUGCAACAUCAGGGCUCAUGACAACAUGCCUGAGCCGAUCCUGGCAGGCAUUAGGAAGGACGCAUUCAAGGGGCUGGGGCUCCUUUGUACAUCUUGUGCUGACAACCCAAAUAAAGGAAGUGCUGUGCUUUCGGAUAUCGUCGACUUCCUGGUCAGCCGCCUGCGUUGGCGCCCUGAUAGAACCAGAGAGGAAAGCCACAGGACGCCUUGUGAAAAUGGGUCAUCUCAGAUGUCACCACCCCCAGACAUCCAGGAUGUCCUUGAAGCCUUGGAGGACGCCUUCCUCACUGUUCCACAGCAAGUGCUGGAGCAUUGCUGGCAGGCCCUGAAAGCUUCAGACAGGCAGUCCCUUGCUGGAGUCAGACAUUUGGUUUGUUGCAGGCUCUUGAAAGAGAGGGAAUGGAGUGACUUGCCUGGCCAGGGCAAUAUCGACUCUGCAGAAACCUCUAAAGACAGCGAAAGGCCUCGUUCUCUGGCAGCAUUUGUGCUGGGGUCCAGACCGAGAGUGGUUGCAUGGAUUCGUAAAACUGCCCUGGCGUUUAGAGAAGGUACUACCAAUUGCAGUUGGUUUGCUGCAUUAGGGCAUUGCCAUGUGGUUCAAUGA